ACGAUGACGAGGAUGGUGAUGGCAACGAUAGGGGAGGGCGAUGGAGACCGCAAGGAUGACAAUGGAGACGAUAGGGGAGGGAGAUGGCGGCGAUGGAAAUCCCGAUGAUGAGGGCGGCGAUGGAAAUCCCGAUGAUGAGGGCGGCGAUGGAAAUGCCGAUGAUGAGGGAGACGACGGGUGAGGGAGAAGGCGGCGAUGGCGAUGGCGAUGGCGAUGGCGAUGGCGAUGGCGAUGGCAACGAUGGAGACGGUAAUGGCGGCGAUGGAAAUCCCGAUGAUGAGGACGAUAUUGAGGAAGAGGGGGAGGAGAUGAAGUGGGGGAGGGGAGGCAGAACAAUGGUGAUGGCACCGAUGGCUAUGGCAGACAACAAGAAGGAGAUGCAGUGCGAGAGGGGAUGGAUAACGAUGAGGAAGGUACACUGAAGACUACCUGCUACAGAUUACUGACGAUAAUCAUGAUGAGGAAGAUGUUGAUGAGGAGGAGGAGGAGGCGGAGGUAGGAGGAAGGAGGAGGGAGGAGGACAAGUGGAGAGAAGAUUAUAAUCUGACAAGAAGGGGGGGAGGAUGAUGAUAAUGACGAUGACGUCCGCAUGCAGAUAGACAAAGCGAGAGUAUUAUGGUUUUCGCCUUUGCGAGCGCUCGUCGAUGGGGCCCAUUCCCCAGAGCCCACCCGGUC